AACUACCACCCUCAAAUCUCUCCUCUCAAACCUCGGCGGCGGCCAAUCUUAAAGAAGAAGCUAAACAAUGGGAGGUAGAAGAGGUUCUCGUACUCAAAGGAAGCAUUUUAAGCAAAGCAGAGAAAAUGUUUGGAAACGACCAAAGACAGAUUCUUUAUCUGACCCCAAUAACCCCAACUCUAAUAACCCACCUUGGCAGCCUUUUGCCACUCAAAAUCCUUCCUUCGAUGAAUAUUACAAAGAACAAGGGAUUGUUUCUCCCGAUGAAUGGGAUGCUUUCAUGGAAGUGCUUAGGAAACCAUUACCUGCUGCUUUCAGAAUUAAUUCCACUAGCCAAUUUUGUGAGGAUAUUCGUUCGCAGUUAGAGAAUGACUUCAUGAAAUCUCUUCAAUCUGAAGUUGUUGAAGGGGUUGAUUUGGAACCUAUAAAACCGUUGGCUUGGUACCCUGAUAAUCUUGCUUGGCAAUCAAAUUUUUCUCGCAUGCAAAUAAGGAAAAACCAAACUCUUGAGAGGUUUCAUGAGUUCUUGAAACUUGAAACUGAAAUUGGGAACAUCAGUAGACAGGAAGCCGUCAGCAUGGUGCCUCCUCUCUUCCUUGAUGUACAUCCUGAUCAUUUUAUACUGGAUGUUUGUGCUGCACCUGGUUCAAAAACUUUUCAGUUGCUUGAGAUUAUAUACCAUUCUGCCAAAGGAGGAUCUUUACCUGAGGGCAUGGUUCUAGCAAAUGAUCUUGAUGUACAAAGAUGUAACCUUCUCAUCCACCAAACAAAAAGAAUGUGCACUGCUAACCUGAUAGUCACAAAUCAUGAAGGCCAACACUUCCCUGGUUGCCGUUCUCACAAAAACAUCUCGACUGGUUCAGAAACAACAAAUGAGCUGGAGCAGAGCAUUACCCAACUCCUCUUUGACCGUGUAUUAUGUGAUGUGCCCUGCAGUGGGGAUGGCACUCUUCGCAAGGCUCCUGAUAUCUGGCGUAAAUGGAAUGGAGGAAUGGCCAAUGGACUUCAUUGCUUACAGAUUCAGAUUGCCAUGCGAUGUCUAUCUCUGUUGAAAGUUGGUGGAAGAAUGGUUUACUCAACCUGCUCUAUGAAUCCAGUUGAAAAUGAAGCUGUGGUUGCUGAGAUUUUACAGAGAUGUGGAGGAUCUGUUGAACUUGUUGAUGUUUCAAAUGAGCUACCUCAAUUAAUUCGCCGACCAGGUUUAACAAAAUGGAAGGUACGUGAUAAGGGAGUCUGGUUAGCAUCAUACAAGGAUGCUCGCAAGUUGCAAAGAAAUGGAAAUGGAAUUGUUCCUAGCAUGUUCCCUUCUGGAAAAAAUUAUACAGAUCUAACUAACAACAAGAAGAGUGAAAAUGGUGAAAAUGUAAAUUCUGAAGUAGUUCAGCUUGAUGACCCUGUUCCUUCUACUGAUGAUUUGGAGGAAGAAGUUUCUGAUCUCCCACUAGAACGCUGCAUGAGGAUAGUUCCUCAUGAUCAGAAUACAGGAGCCUUUUUCAUUGCUGUCCUCCACAAAGUUUCUCAUUUGCCUGCAAUUCAGGACAAGUCUGCUAGUUCACAAAGGAAACUAUCAACUAGAAAUGAACUGCAUGAAAAUGUGUCAGACGAAGCUACUGAAGAAAUAAAUGGAUUAGAAGAAAGUUCUGUGGAUGGGGAAGAUGGAAAGAUCUUGGAAGCAGCUUCAAAGGCUGACAAAAAUAUCUCAGAAAUAGCUUCGGAGGCUGAUGAAAGGAUCUUUGAAGUGACUUCAGAUGUUGAUGAAAAGAUAUCAGAAGUGGCUUUAGAAGAGGAUUUGGUUGAUCAACCAGAUGGAGAUGCUCCAGAGAGCAAUUCUUCUGAAGCAACUCAAGGAGCUGCUGAUAAGAAAAAUGAUUCUGCAAAAGCUGGAGAGAAGAGAAAGUUGCAGAUGCAGGGCAAGUGGAAAGGAGUUGAUCCCGUUCUUUUCUUCAAAGAUGAAACUAUAAUAAACAACAUUAAGACAUUUUAUGGUAUUGAUGAAUCCUUCCCAUUCACUGGCCACCUCGUUACAAGGAACAAUGAUGCUAACCAUGUGAAGAGAAUUUAUUAUGUUUCGAAGUCAAUUAAGGAUAUUUUGGACCUUAAUUUUCGAGGCGGACAGCAACUGAAGAUAACUUCUGUUGGCCUGAAGAUGUUUGAGCGCCAAACAUCUAGAGAAGGUUCCUCGGCUCCAUGCUUAUUCAGGAUAUCAUCAGAAGGGUUGCCUGUGAUUCUCCCUUACAUUACCAAACAAAUACUAUAUGCUUCCACGGCAGAUUUCAAGCAUCUUUUGCAAUAUAAAUCAAUCAAAUUUUCGGACUUCGUUGAGGCUGACUUCAGUCAGAAGGCAGCGAACCUGAUGUUGGGCUGCUGUGUGAUUGUUUUGAGAAACACCUGCAAAUCAUUGUCGAACCAUAUCCAAGUUGAUGCAUCAACGAUAGCCAUUGGCUGCUGGAAGGGUAGGUCCAGUUUGAGUGUGAUGGUUACAGCAAUUGACUGCCAGGAGCUGCUGGAAAGGCUUUCGGUAGGCAUGGAGACUGAAAAGAAUGUAACUUUGGCACCUGAACACCACAGUGAGCUAGAUGAAAAACAAGAUGUGAAUGGCGAAAAUGGAACCUCACUGGAGGAACAUGAAGCAAAGAAGAUACGGAGUAUCAAUGCUACUGAAUAGGAACACCAAAACAUGGGAAGUGCCAGACUUAUAGAUGAAAUAGUUUCAAUGUCUUAUUUUUACGCUUUAAGCAAUUUGAAGGUCUUAACCGCAUACUGCUAGAUUGAAGAACAGUGAAAAGCUUUGAUUGUUUC